GCAGCGACAGCAGCGGCAGCGACGUAUGAAGCAGCAGCAGCGCAGCGCACCGGGCAAACGACGUGAACACGUAAAGUGAUAACGUAACGGAUAUUCGGAUAUUUUAACGCGAUCCAUUUUGUGUACGCCAGCCAGGGGGCGUGGGGCAGCCGGAGGUAGAGCCAGUACCACCCACAAAUCCUCAUUGAAAUUUACGAUUAUGCUGCAAAAUUAUUAAACAAUAUGACCGCAACAGCCGCAGAAACUACGGAAAUAACUGCAGACAGCAGGGAAGACGAAGACGAAGCCGCAGCCGCAGCCGGAGCCGGAACCGGAGCCCCCGACAUCAUUAAUAACCAAUCCGUGGGGAAUGAUGCGGACAGGAGAGUGAAGCAGUCAAAGCCAAAGCCAGAUUCGGAGUCGGAGUCAGAGUCAGAAUCAGAAUCAGAGAGCUUGAAUCCCUCGCGUGCCGCAAAUCUAACGACCAAAUUACUGCAGGCCACCACCGGCAAUAUGAGGAACCUGCUCAACCGAACUCUGGCCACCAUGGCCCGUGCCAAUCCCGCCCAGCACGGCGUACCCCUGCCCCUGCCCCUGCCCACCCUCCUGUUGCAGGCGGCCCAGGGCCAGCGCAUCGAUCAGCCGCCGCACCAGCUCCAGCAACCCACCGAGACGCAGUCGGGCAUCGAGCACCAGUCCCAACAGUCGCUGGCGGCCAACGGCACAUCCAAUCCCAUGGCGGGCGGCGAGCUGGCGGACAUCUACAGUGCAUUUAGCGCCCUACCCGGCGGCAAUCUAAGCGGUUUCAUUGAGUCCUCCACCACGGCGGCCAGCUCCGUGCUGAGCAGCACCCUGCCCCUGCCCGGCACCAGCAGCAUGGCGGCCACCUUCCAGGCCCAGACAGUGGCCACCUUCAUAGCGGCCGGCAACAAGAAUCGACCAACGACCAUCGUUGUAUAUCCAACGGUUUCACCCGAAUCGAUCGUCAUACCGAUCGUCUCGUGCAUCUUCGGCUUCCCCAUACUGGCCCUGAUCGUCAUUUGUUGCCUGCGUCGACGGGCAAAGUUGGCCCGGGAGCGGGACAGGCGGCGCAACUACGACAUGCAGGACCAUGCCGUCAGCCUGGUCAGAUUUAGUCCAAUUCAUAGGCUUAAUUACCGAUCGUCGCGAGCUAUCAGUCUACGUCCUGAACGAAGCCUAAGCCAGGGCUUCACCUCGCUGGAGCUGGACACCGUGCUGGAGGAGCGCUGCAGCGACGUUGAACAGACGCAGACCGAAAUCCUAAAUCCCGAGUCACCCAUGGACACCACCUCCUACAAGAUGUCCUUUUCCUCAAGCUAACAGUUAGCCACGAAGCAGCAGCAGCAGCAGCAGGAGCAGCCGCCCACUGCUACGCCCCCAACAACGCUCGCACAUCUACAGGCCCAGGCCCAGACCCAGGCCCUGGCCCAGUCCCAGUCCCAUCCUCAGGCGCAGACCCAGUCCCAGGUCAAGGAUCUACCCGCUACGACAUCGUCACAGCUGUUGCUGCCACCGCAGCUGCGAAAGACGGCCAGUGUGAGGGAGUCGCACGAUCCAACGGCCCUGGCCAAACGGCGGAGUCGCCUCCAGGAGCUGCGGGCCGGAAGCACCAGCAGCGGCGGCGGUGGGGACGAGCCAUCCGUAGCCUUUAGCAAACGCGACUCCAAGCGGAAUCGUCGUCGCGGCGGCACCACCGCCAGCGGCAGCAGCAGCAGCAGUGGCGGCUCUCCACGUCGCUCCGAGGCGGCCAUGCGGAAGUCGCAGUCGCUGGACGCCGCCGAAAGUUACUCGCUGACCAGCAUCCAGUCCCCGCUGUGGGUGACCCUCACCAAUGCCCGCACCAUCGAGGAGCUGGCCCAACAGAAGCUUUAAACGGACCCCUGCCCAGUCCCAGCCCCAGCCCACCAAAGAGCCUUCCCCAGACACAGACCCAGACCCAAGCCUACGGCCACAAUACCAUUUCCCAUUAGCCACAUGCCCAUCCAUCCACCCACAUAGACCUCUUGUAAAUGUUUAGAGAGCAAUUCAAAGUACGUGUAGUAGAGACAUUAAUUAAAAACAAAUAUUUGAAUCAUUAGCUGCAAAAACAUAAAACUUAAUGAAAUUAAAGACCAACAACCACACUUAGUCCAAGGAAUAGAAUUGAAUUUGGAAAAUAGAUAAUUGAAUG